GAUUCAAAAGUGUUUCGUUCGCUCAAGUGAGCGGUUACUACCCACAAAUAGUUUUCUUUUAUACUUGUAUUUAUUAUUAACAUUAAAUCUUCAAAAUGAGAAUCCUUGCGGAGCACCAUGUCCAACUCCUGGAUCCUUCGGAGCUGAUGCGCCCCGAGCCCUCAUUUGCGGACAAGAAUCCCUCCAAAUUCCGGGACUACAGUGUGGACACCAGCGAUCCCCUGAAGGAACGUGUGCGCCAGACUUAUCGCCAGAUGCAUCUGAACCAGACUGUGGAUUUCGUCAAGGGCCGUCGCGAGCACUGGCUGAAGUUCAACACGAUUAGGAUGACUGUGCGCGAAGCCCUGGAGAAGCUGAACGAUCUGGUGGACGAAUCGGAUCCCGACCUGGAUCUGCCCAACAUUAUCCACGCCUUCCAGGCUGCCGAGCGGGCACGCGCCGAGUUCCCGGAGCAGGAUUGGCUGCAUCUCACGGCGCUCAUCCACGAUCUGGGCAAGAUCAUGGCCUUCUACGGCGAGCCGCAGUGGGCAGUGGUGGGCGACACCUUCGCCGUGGGCUGCCGUUGGGGCGAUAGCAUUGUUUACCGGGAGGAGAGCUUCGAGGGGAAUCCCGAUGGUGAUAAUCCCGCCUACAAUACCGAACUGGGCAUCUAUCAGCCCAACUGCGGAGUGGACAACCUGCUGAUGUCCUGGGGUCACGAUGAGUACAUGUAUUCCGUGCUGAAGCACAACAAGACCAAGCUGCCCCAUGUAGCCUGCAACAUCAUUCGGUUCCAUUCCUUUUAUCCCUGGCACAAUGGCGGCGACUACAAGCACCUGGAGGCUCCCCAGGAUGCGGAGACCAAGAAGUGGGUGCUGAUCUUCAAUCGCUAUGAUUUGUACACCAAGAGCGAGGUGGUUCCGGAUAUUGAAGCUUUGUGGCCAUAUUACCAGACCUUGAUCGACAAAUAUUUACCCGGUGUCCUGGAAUUCUAAUCGUACUUACGUGCAACCUUUAGCUUUCUAAUUGCUUUCACUUAAUAUAUAAGACAACAUUUAUACCUGUAAUAUAAUAUAAUGUGUAUGCGCCAUAUAUAUCCCUAAAUAAUCCCCCUA